AGAUAAGGGAACAGUUUGGGAGAGACAUAAAGAGCAAAAAGAAGUAACCAAAGAAGAAGCCACUGCACUUGAGAUCAGGAACUAUACAGUCUAUCAAUGGAGGUUGAUGAUAACAAGAACCUUUAUGAGGUUGAGCAAGAAUAUGAUGGAAAGGAUGACUUCCCUCAGCGACCAAUAGGCAGUCUCCAGAUACAUGAUACUAUAUCUUCUACAGGAAAGAAAACUCUCUUUGUUCUCCUUGGAGUGCAAGUCUUCAUAAUCCUUAUCCUUAUAAUACUACUGGGUAUCAAUGGUGUUACACUAACACACUUGAAUACAGUAGAUAUGUGUGAUAGUACUGGAGCUAGUACUGGAGCUAGUACUGGUGGGCUGACUAACCAGCAAAGCUGCACUGCAGUGCCUAGUACAUGGGCUAAUGAGUCUGCUGUUAAUAGCAGCAUGCUUCAAGGACAAAUUUCUGAGUUAAAGGAUUACAUUAGAAAUCAGUUGAGUGCUAUUGUCAACACUACCAAAGAUACUGCAUGGAAGGUUGAUUCUCUUGGAGGAGCUGCUGAUGAUCAAAUGGCUUACAUACAGAACCUCACGGAAAACCUUUUUCAAGUACUUCAAGUGACCGGGAACUCUGCUCAGCAACUUGGGAAUAUUAUUAGUACUCUGUCUAGCAUGUCUGAUACAGCCAUAUCAACAGCAGCUCUCAUUAACGAUAUACAGCAGAUUGUUAACGAACUACUGGGACUACAGAAUGCUUCUUCAAUAUUUAACUCUAUCCAACCAGUCUCUUGUAAGGAUAUCAAGGCAGUCCUACCUAACAGUCCUUCUGGUUACUAUCAUGUCAACAGUCGUACCAUUUACUGUAAUAUGGACACACUCUGUAAUGCUACUGGAGGAUGGACAAGACUAGCAUAUCUGGAUAUGACUGAUGCUACACAGACCUGUCCUUCUGAAUUCAGGUACUACAGCAUAGGAGGAGUUAGAGCUUGUGGUCGUACAGUUUUAAACACUGGAAGUUGUAACUCAUUACUGCUACCUUCUAAUGGAAUCACUUAUAACAAUAUAUGUGGUAGAGUAACAGGGUAUCAAUAUGGAUCAUGUGAUGCUUUCUCUGGUGGUCCUCAUCGUAACGACAUUAACUCCCGGUACGUUGAUGGUGUUAGUAUAACUCGUGGGUCUCCUCGUCAACAUAUAUGGACAUUUGCUGCUGGAGUAUAUCAAACUCGGGUACACAACUCAAACUGUCCCUGUACUUCUGGCACACUGACAUCACCAGCUAGCUUUGUUGGUGAUAACUACUUCUGUGAAUCAGGUAAUCCUAACCAGCAAUGGGCCCAUACACUAUACACUGCUGAUCCUCUCUGGGACGGUCAGACAUGCUCCAGUCUUGAAGCACCUUGUUGUGAUGCUCCAGGGUUACCUUGGUUCAGCAGGAACUUCACCACUAGCUCUACACAGGAUCUUGAGUUCAGGAUUUGUGGUGACUCCAGCACUAUUGAUGAGGACUCUCCAGUCAGCAUGUACGAGAUAUAUGUAAUGUAAGAACUAGAACUUGUACUUUCAUUACUUGCUACAUUUAAAAUCCUUUAAUUUAUAAGUUUUGCUACUUUAAACAGUUAGAUUAUGCUAAUACUAUGCUACUUUCCUUUAAGCUGACUUUUUAAAACAUAUAGCAGUUAUUUGGUAAUACAGGACACAGUAAAUUGGUGUCAUUAUUAUUAUUUUGCUAUUGUUAUUGUUAUGAUCCACAAUGUUAAAUAAAUUCAAAGUUUAUUGAUACAA